UUGACCCUGAUAAGAGUGCAGCGGAGGGAGGGACCAGUGGGCAAACAGCACUACAACAGCUUACCAUCCCAGGCCCGGUUUGUCAACACCAACCCAGAAUGGCAGUCUGGUAAUGUGGAACAUCGGCUGUGGAGGCCCCCGAUGCCGCUGUCGUCCCGCCGUGCCUUCAUGAGCUCUGACGGGCUGAGACCCAUCAUCAUGGCCUCAGCGAUACCCCGCUGCACAUCUGUCAGACUCCCCGCUGUGGCCACUUUCGCCUUGCUCCUGGUGUCGGCGACCACUGUACAGUCCUCUCAAGGCGACAAAGAGCCAGUUUACCGGGACUGUGUGAAGCAGUGUGUCCGUACCAACUGCACCGGAUCUCGGCUCCGUGGUUUUCAGUCCGCCCAGCCACAGUACAUGGCGCUGACAGGUUGGACAUGUCGGGACGACUGUCGCUACGAAUGCAUGUGGACCACCGUGGGCCUUUACCAGGCUGAGGGGUACAGGGUUCCACAGUUCCAUGGCAAGUGGCCGUUUGCACGCUUCCUGUGCUUUGAGGAGCCAGCUUCUGCCCUGGCCUCUCUACUUAAUGGUCUGGCUUGCCUUCUCAUGCUGCUGCGCUAUCGGAGCACGGUGCCACGUCAAAGCCCCAUGUACCACACCAUCAACGCCUUCUCAUUGGUAUCUCUUAACGCCUGGUUCUGGUCUACUGUGUUUCACACCAGGGACACCUAUCUCACCGAGAAAAUGGACUAUUUCUGUGCCACUGCAGUCAUUCUGUACUCAAUCUACUUAUGCUGUGUCAGAACUCUGGGUCUGAGGCGGCCUGCGGUGUCGAGCAUGGUGGGAGUCCUCCUCAUCUUGGCCUUUACCUCGCAUGUGUCCUAUUUGACCUUUGUCAGUUUUGAUUAUGGCUACAACAUGGCUGCAAACUGCACCAUUGGCAUGGUGAACCUCCUGUGGUGGUUGUGCUGGUGCUGGCAGAACAGGCGAACUCUCCCUUAUUGGUGGAAAUGCGGCCUGGUGGUGCUGCUGCUUCACGGUCUGGCCCUGCUGGAGCUCCUCGACUUCCCCCCUCUGCUCUGGAUCCUGGACGCUCACGCCGUGUGGCACCUCAGCACCAUACCCGUGCACUUCCUCUUCUACAGUUUCCUCAUAGACGACAGCCUCUACUUAUUAAACACAGAGAAGAUGGGCGUCAAAGUCGAGUAGGAGGAGCUGGCUGCCUCUUCACCAAGCCCACUUUCUUGCACCUCUCCCAUCAGGGCAGUUGGACAGCUGAACACGGACUUAAAUCAGCCUGCCAGAUGACAUGCAUGACUUCCAUCAGAGUAGAAUUUGUUUACACUUUUUUUAAUUUAUUUAUUUGGAAAGGGGGAGGGUGUUGUUCUCUAUUUUAUUCCUAUGAUUAAUGCUUGCUAUGUUUCACUUUGCCGUGCUCUACACGUCUUUCACCAUCCAUCAUUUCUGCAAAAACAUCAAGGAAAAAUUUUUUCCCCCUCCACUUCCUUCUUCUAAAUUGACCCUGUAAACCCUUAAAUCUCACUCACAAAGUCCUGGAAGUCCAGCAGGAGAGGCAGUUUUCUGCAGCUGACAAUAGAUGGCACCAGUUCCCUUCCCUGGCCAUCAUAACCCUCUCUGUGUGCUGUGUGCUAGCAUCAGUCUGAGCCAGAAAUGGACUGAUGGGCACAGAGAGGUGGCCCUUGUGAAUGGGGCUAGAUUGUUCUAGAGAAAAAGGGUGAAGGGGCGGGAAUAUGUUUGGAGGCCAUUCUAGCUGACUGUUUAUUUUUUUCUUUUCUCACAUCACACCUUUUUUCUUUUUGUGCCUGUGUUGUUUCCACCGCUGGUUUUGUUUCUCCUUGUUUUCAUCAGCUGCCUUGGCUGUUUUAAUUUGUCCUUGGUGACCAAUUUGUGCUUUACUCUGUGGACAGUUUUACUUUGAUGACUUGUAUUUAAAAGUUGGGUGGGACAUGCCUGAUGAUCAGAAGUAGAAGUGUUAUUUUUAAUCACCUGGAUUGCCUUUAAGAGGAAGGAAAAGGAGAAAGUGUCUGAAGUUGGAAAAAUAAGCUGUGACCGGGAGCAGUAUUCAGAGGGGCUCAUAUGAAAAGGAAGGGUUUUAACUUGGUUCAGCAUUAAUUACUCACAUUAUUUGGAUUUGUUAAUAUUUUCCAGACACGCACAAGCACCUGCCCAAACAUUCAAAAAACGCUCCCUCCAUGUCUGCCUUACACACUGAAAUACAAUCUGCAUGUAACCUCGUUUUUUUUUUUUUUUGUUUUGUUUUUUUUUUGUUUUUUUUUAAAGUCAAAUCUCCUAAAAAUACCAGGAUCCAUACCAUGUAUGUCUUCAUCCCUCGGAGCUUUCCUCUCAUAUGUGCACUUUACAAGUGUUUGCGUAUAUUUACACGCAUAUUUUCAUAUGGAACUCUUCCCACACCUUUGUAUCUCGAUGUGAGAUUUGAACAAAGACCAGUGUGUGUACACGUUGCCUUGACACGACAUUGUUUUGGGUUUUUUGUCACUAUGAACUGGAUGACUGCAUGUGAGAGGGGGCUGGAUUGUGCUGGGCCCUUUUGUAAAACUACUGAGUGUGUGAAUGUAUACUAUAUAUAUGUUUUCUAGAGUUUUGCUGUGUGGAUGUGUGUGGGAUGAGAGGGGUAAAUUUAGCUUUGCUGACAGCCCAGGAUGAGGGUGGGAGGCAGAGGACAAGAACAGGGCAAGGUUAAAAGGUUUGGUUAGCAAAAAAAAAAUCCUGAAAUCACAGCAGAGAUAACUCCUAAACAUGAUAUUUAUCAUAAGCAACCAAAGUAUCUAAAUCUGUUUUAAAAGGUCAAAACAGUAGCUAAACAUUGAAACUAUUAAUUUGAAAUAUUUAACUUGGUUAAUUUAAAAUAUUUAACUUGGUUUUCAUUUCACUGGUAUUUGUUAAAAUAAUUUGACAAAUGCUUGUAAAACAAACGUCAAUUUUUGCUCUGUAAAUCGUUAAAAUGUCUGUUUCCUUCUUCCUUUACUGAUAACUACAUCCCUCACUCAUCUGCUGCCCCCUGCCUGCUGCCCUGUGCACCAUCACCUCUUAUACUCAGUGCACUUUCCUUCACCUCAUCAAGUAUUUGACCAAAAUAAAAGAUAUACAAAAAAAAGGAAAGAAAAGGAACAAAUAAAGGUGUUCUUUGUUAUAAAGGAAUUUGCCUCAGUUAUGCUCUUUUUUCAUCAGCUUGAGACAUGUUUAAGAAUUAGUACUCCUGCUCAUCAGUUAUCUGUUGCAUUUUUCUAAAAGCUGUAGACAAGAGGAUUAAUUGAUGCACUUUCUGACACAGACUAAGAAAAUGAGAUGACCUUGCCUUUUCAUAUCAGCAGAAUAAAAAGACUUUGGUUACUGUUUAAUAUUAGUAUUUAUUAAUCUACGCUUCCAUUUAUGAAAUAGUUUUUAGUCAGGGACACUCUUGUCAUAAAUCUAACCAUUUUAUUGCAAAAUGGAUAUACAGUUUUACCGUAGGGGUCCCCAAUGGCUGGCCAGCUUUAAACAGCAGCAGCUGUCAAAAUGUGCAAAGUUUACAAUGACAGUGGGAAACCCCCCUAAGGGGGCCCCCUCUGCUGGCACC